UUCAGUUCAGCAGUGAGGUGAAUAUGUUUAUGUAAAUGAGAAGUUAGGAGGUCUCACAUGCGCGUCUUCUCGGUUCAAACUGCUUGCCGUUACCUUGAGGGACGGAUCGACUGAGGACGGACUGAUAACAAUAGAUUAAUGGAAGAAUGGCUCUACAAAAUUAUUCGUUGCAUAAUGGAAAACAAUGCACCUCAAUUGAUGAUUUCCGUAACCAAGUCUAUUCCACAGUGUACUCAGUCAUCACAGUCUUUGGGCUGAUGAGCAAUGGCUUUGCACUCUAUGUGCUUCUUCGUACAUACCGGCAAACCUCAGCCUUCAACAUCUACAUGCUCAACUUGGCCGUGUCAGACUUGCUGUGUGUCAGUACGCUACCUCUACGGGUGCUCUAUUAUGUCAACAAAGGGCAGUGGAACAUGGGAGACUUUCUAUGUCGAGUAAGUUCCUACGCGUUAUACAUGAACCUCUACUGCAGCAUCUUCUUCAUGAUGGCCAUGAGUUUUACCCGUUUUUUGGCCAUUGUGUUUCCAGUGCAGAACCUGAGGCUAGCCACUGAAAAAAAGGCAUGGAUAGUUUGUAUAUGCAUUUGGGUAUUCAUUUGCACCACCAGUUCACCAUUUCUUCUUUCUGGAGAGCAUUUGGAUCAAAAGACUAACAAAACCAAGUGUUUUGAACCACCAGAAAAUGGCACAAUAGACAAACUGAUUUUUCUGAACUACUUUUCACUGGUGGUGGGGUUCAUUAUUCCCUUCUUGGUUAUUUUGCUUUGCUAUGUUGGCAUCUUGCGCACUCUACUUAGAAACACUAAUACCUUGAACAGGCAGCGCUACACACGCAACAAGGCCAUUCGUAUGAUUGUUGUUGUGAUGUUGGUUUUCUUAGUCAGUUUUAUGCCUUAUCACAUUCAACGCACGCUACAUCUCAACAUCCGUAGACGCAAUGACACUACCUGUCAAGAGGUUGUUUAUAUGCAGAAGUCUGUAGUUAUCACACUCUGCCUGGCUGCUUCAAACUGUUGCUUUGACCCAAUGCUCUAUUUUUUUUCUGGAGAGAAUUUUCGACACCGCCUCUCCACCUUCCGUAGAGUCUCUGGUAAUAUCAACGGCACACACCAGAAUUGCCAUCGUCUUCAAAACUCUCCACCUGUGGAAGAGAGUGUUCCUCAGGUCUGUAAUGGCUCAAGCUAACUUGAAGGAAUCAGAAUAAUGUUUAUUUGUCAGUAUAAAAGAGAAUUUCAAACAUCAUAGACAUGUUAACCUCAAGAAAUAAAAAAUACAUUUCUAAACCCAUACGGAAAUGUAAUAUAUGACAUACAUGUCCCUAUAUCAGUAGUGAUCUUGCCAUAUAUGUUACAUAUAAGAAAAUAUAUUAUUGCCACAUAUAUACAUAUUUUGGAUAUAUGUAGAUAUAUGUUUAUAACAUAUUUGA